AUGGAGGACUCCAUUGCGACACUGAAACCUAGGAAGCCUCAGUUCUUGACCAUAGAAACCCCAGCGUUUGUCGACCCCACCCCGCCGACCCCGUCUGGCUCGCAGCCGCCUUCGAGAUCAAGCUCGGCCAGGUCCAAGGGACACGGUCCUGAGCCCUCCCCCACACGCUCCGACGUGGCCUACGACGAACGUCGCUAUGCCAGCGAGGAUGAGCAGGAGGGCAACUCAAGGUCCGAGAUCCAGAGCAUCAUGGAACAGUUCCCAGAGGACGGCGGUGGCCCAGACGUGGAGGAAGUCAUGAGCCCGCGCCUAGAAAUUGCUUCUCCGUUCUUGGCGAGUCCGCCGGUCCAACAUCCCCCCAGAAAGUCUAGCCUGGAACCUCUGGCGACUAGUAUAGCGCAGCAGAUUUCGGACAUUCAAGGCCUGAGCAUCUCGUCCUCUUCGCCAACAAGCACGAGGCCGAAAGCCAACGAGCCAGAUACCGACGACGAGAGACCUCCAGUCCCACCCAAGGAUGGAUUAGACGAGAAGGCCCCGGCUGAGCCUCAGUCUCCUGCAACAAUGCAUAGGCCACCACCUCCCGAGCCUGAACCCGAGCCUGCGCUGCCUUUCGACUUUCAUCGUUUUCUCGAACAGCUUAAGAACAAGAAGGCCGAUCCUGUCGCACGGUACCUCAAGUCCUUCCUGCAAGAGUUCGCCAAGCGGCAAUGGAUGGUACAUGAGCAAGUCAAGAUUAUCAGUGACUUUCUUGCAUUUAUUGCCAACAAGAUGGCACAAUGCGAUGUGUGGAGGGAAGUGUCCGAUGCCGAGUUCGAUAACGCCCGAGAAGGCAUGGAGAAACUCGUCAUGAACCGCCUCUACACCCAAACCUUUUCUCCAGCCAUACCUCCGCCGCACCCAAUUCCAGGCUCUAGGUCGAGAAAGAACAGAGCCGACAAACCUAUGGGUCCCGGCCGCAAGGGCCAACAUCAAGAGGACGUAGAAAGGGAUGAGAUUCUGACGCAGAAGAUCAACAUCUACGGCUGGGUUCGCGAAGCACAUUUGGAUAUAGCCCCUGUCAGUGACAGUGGAAAGCGGUUUCUCACCCUCGCCCAACAAGAACUUCUUAAAAUUCGGUCAUAUCGAGCUCCUCGGGACAAGAUCAUUUGCGUUUUGAAUUGUUGCAAGGUCAUUUUUGGGCUUCUCAAAAAUGCCAAAUCAGACACGUCCGCUGAUUCCUUUAUGCCGCUUUUGAUUUACGUUGUGCUGCAAAGCAACCCCGAUCAUCUCGUCUCUAAUGUGCAGUAUAUCUUGCGUUUCAGAAACCAAGAGAAACUCGGCGGGGAAGCUGGCUACUACUUAUCCUCUCUUAUGGGAGCCAUCCAAUUCAUUGAGAACAUGGAUCGCACCACGCUCACAAUUACUGAUGAAGAGUUUGAGAAAAAUGUCGAGACCGCCGUUUCUGCCAUAGCGGAGAAACAUCGCCAUUCGCUGGAGCUUUCCUCGCCCAGGCAAGAGCAUCGUUCUGAAAAGUCUGGCUUCCACUCCCCUGCUGAAUCGUCUGCACGCCCGUCACUGGAUGUUGACUCUUCGGGAACACCACGUCGGUCGAUGUCAUCCGAUCAGGGUGACGACAGUGCACCCAUGUCUGGACUUCUUCGUUCUAUACAGAAACCUCUCUCCACCAUUGGGCGAAUGUUCUCGGAUGAGCCAGGACCUAGCCACUCACCUGUGCGAACCCCACAACCUGACAAUACGCCUAGGCUGUCGCCCCGCCCUAGCACGGACGGCCGCCCGUCAAGAGAAGUCAGGCAGCAGCUAUCUGCCGAAGAAUCCGCCGCAAGACAAGCGAGCGCCGAAGUGGCUGAGGCACAGCGUCUGUCCAGAGCCGAACACAAUAAUGUUGUGGAAACUCUAGCUGGCAUGUUCCCGGAUCUCGACCGAGAUAUUAUUAGCGAUGUAGUCUAUCAGAAGGAGGGAAGGGUCGGCCUCGCAGUAGACGCGUGUCUAGCAUUGAGCACGUAG